GCUUUCGCUUUUCGUUGUUAAGCCAAGGCGAGCGGCGGAGCGGCAGUGGUGGGGUCGGCGGCUGCCUUGGUUCGAGCAGAUUUCUAAUUCUGGAUCCCAUAGUAACCUGGCAUCAGAUUGCUGCUUCCUGAUCAGGUUUUUAUGUUGAAGAAGAGUAAAAUGUUCUUAUUGCUAAGUAUUCUAAGUUUUCUAUGUGAGACAUCAUAUUCAUUUACUAGAGAUGAAAGCAAUCCUUUUCCUUGGGAUAAAAUUAGACUUCCAAAGUAUGUUGUUCCAGUUCAUUAUGAUCUUCUCAUUCAUCCGAAUCUCACAACUCUGUCUUUUACUGGAUUGUCCAAAAUAGAGAUUUUAAUAACAGAGCAAACUAGUUCAAUCAUCCUUCACAGCAAAUAUCUUCAGAUAACCAAAACUACUAUCCACAACACCAAGAACAGUGCUGAUACAGCUAAAGGAAUGAUGGUUUUAGAACAUCCACCAUUUGAGCAGAUAGCACUUGUUUCUACUGAACCUCUACAAGUUGGACAGAGCUACAUUAUUAGCAUUGAGUACUCUGCCAAUUUAUCUGAAAGUUUUCAUGGUUUCUAUAAAAGCACGUAUAGAACUCUGGAAGGGGAAACAAGGGUGCUUGCUUCAACCCAGUUUGAGGCAACAGCUGCGCGUAUGGCCUUUCCUUGCUUUGAUGAACCUGCACUAAAAGCAACAUUUUCUGUUAAGAUCAGAAGAAGCCCAAAGCACCUAGCACUAUCUAAUAUGCCUUUGGUGAAAUCAGUAAACAUUAAUGAAUGGCUUAUUGAGGACCAGUUUGACAUCAGUGUAAAGAUGAGCACUUACUUAGUAGCCUUCAUUAUUUCAGACUUUAAAUCAGUUACCAAGACGACAUUACGUGGAAUUAAGGUUUCAGUAUAUACUGUGCCACACAAAAUCAAACAAGCAGAAUAUGCUUUGGAUGCAGCAGUGAAACUUUUAGACUUCUUUGAGGGAUAUUUUAGCAUUGCAUAUCCUUUGCCAAAACAAGAUCUAGCAGCUAUUCCAGAUUUUCAGUCUGGUGCAAUGGAAAAUUGGGGAUUGACCACGUACAGGGAAUCUGCUUUGUUAUAUGAUUCUGAAAAAUCCUCAGUAUCAAGUAAACUUGGAAUUACUAUGGUAGUAGCCCAUGAACUUGCUCAUCAGUGGUUUGGAAAUUUGGUUACCAUGGAAUGGUGGAAUGAUCUUUGGCUUAAUGAAGGUUUUGCCAAGUUUAUGGAAUUUGUGUCAGUAAGAAAGACCCAUCCAGAACUGAAAGUUGAAGAUUACUUUUUAAACAAGUAUUUUAAUGCCAUGGAGGUAGAUGCUUUAAAUUCUUCACAUCCUAUAUCGACUCCUGUUGAAGAUCCAGCUCAGAUUCUAGAAAUGUUUGAUGAUGUUUCCUAUGAUAAGGGAGCUUGUAUUCUCAAUAUGCUACAGGACUAUCUCAGCCCAGAAGUUUUUCAAGCUGGUCUUGUGAAAUAUUUGUUGCGAUUCAGUUAUCAGAACACAAAAAACAAAGACCUGUGGGACAGCUUAUCAGAUGUUUGUCCAGAUGUUGAUGGAAGUAACAUACAAAAUGGAGUUUGUAUCAGAAACAAGGAGAGAGUCUUAAACUCACACUGGACCAAAGCUGUGCUUCAUGAUGUACAGGCAGUGAUGAAUACUUGGACACUCCAGAAAGGAUUUCCUCUAGUGACCGUUACUAUUAAAGGAAAAAAUGUCCAUCUACAACAAGAACAUUAUUCAAAAAAAGCUACUUUUUCUUCAUCAGCUGGGAGUCUGUGGCACAUUCCAUUGACAUAUAUUACCAAUAAAUGUAAUGACGUUCAGAGAUUCUUACUGACAACCAAAACAAAUGAUAUAGUCCUCCCAGAAGAAGUGGAGUGGAUAAAAUUUAAUGUAGGAAUGAAUGGUUAUUAUAUUGUGCAUUAUGGAGAUCAUGGCUGGGAUUCUCUAAUUCGCCUGUUAAAAGACAAUCAUGAAACAAUAAGCAGCAAUGAUCGAGCAAGCCUCAUUAACAAUGCAUUCCAGCUGGUGAGUGCUGGAAAGCUGUCAAUUGAAAAAGCUCUUGAUUUAACAUUAUACUUAAAACAUGAAUCUGAAAUUACUCCUGUAUAUCAAGGACUGAAUGAGCUAGUUCCUUUAUACAAACUGUUGGAGAAGACAAACAUAAGUGACACAGAACAACAAUUAAAGGCAUACAUAGUAAAUCUAUUUAAAAAUAUGAUUGACAAACAGUCUUGGGAUGAUGAAGGUACCGUGUCUGAGCAAAUGCUUCGAACCUCCUUACUUAUGUUUGCAUGUGUACGCAAAUACAAACCAUGUGUAGACAAGGCACAAGAGUACUUCAUGAAAUGGAAGAACUCAGAUGGAACUCUGAAAUUGCCGAAUAACAUUAAGAUGGCAGUAUAUGCUGUUGGAAUACAAACAGAUGAAAACUGGGAUUUCCUUUUUAGCAAGUAUCAGUUACCUGAAUUUGAUACUGAAAAGAAUCAGAUUGAAGUUGUACUGUGUUUGAGCCAAAACAAAGAAAAGCUUCAGUGGUUAAUGGAUCAAGCAUUGCAAGGUGACAUAAUAAAGACCCAGGAACUUCCUUCUAUACUUUUUAGUGUUGGAAGAAAUCCUUAUGGAUAUCAAUUAGCUUGGAAGUUUUUAAAACAAAACUGGCAGAAACUUGUAAAAAAAUUUGACUUUGGCUCACACUCACUUGCACGUAUGAUUACUGGCAUAACAAAUCAGUAUUCCACAAAGGAACAGCUUGCUGAGGUUAAAAAUUAUUUCAGCUCAAUGGACAAAAAAACUUCAGAGCUCCGUGCUGUUCAACAAGCAAUAGAAACAAUUGAAGAAAAUAUCCAGUGGAUGGAUAAGAACCUUGAAAGAAUCAAGGCAUGGUUACAGAUUAAUAGCAAAGUGUGAAGUUGUACGUAAACUAUUGAUUCAGAAUUGACAGAAAUUUUGCGGCGGAAGAUUGUUCCUUUGCCUUAAAAGAGAGAAAAAGGAAUCAUGACAUUAAUUACUAUAUCCAUGUAGUAAACACUGAGUUCACAUACCGAGUGAUGAAUUAUAUGUUUUGGGGGGGGCUGAUUUUGGCUUAGCAUGUUCUAUGAAGCGAGUCAAUAAAACAUGGUUAAUGAAACCAUAGUAAAGUG